CUAACGGCUAGUAAAGUAUCCUGAUAUUCUACAAAGUUCCUGUGUACACACUAUUUAAUAUUUAUUGUCUUGUAUUUAAAUCAUUUUUAGUCUGAUUCUGAUUCCAGCACAGCGUCAGGCAGGCGUUCAGGAUUGACUGCAGGAAUCAUGGUCUCCAUGUAUUUCCGUUGGUUGGUGCUCGUGAUGUUCAUCGCAUUCACCGUAGCUGGAAACGUGUUGGUGUGUUUAGCGGUUUGUACGAGUCGCCGUCUUCACCGUAUUAGCAGCUGCUUCGUGGUGGCUCUUGCUGUGACGGAUCUGCUAGUCGGCCUGCUCGUGCUUCCUCUCAGCGCCACGUUAGAGCUGCACAGCGGUCGCUGGCCAUUAGGGGGCACCGUUUGCAACAUCUAUCUCUCUGCAGAUGUGACAUUAGGCACCGCUUCCAUCUUCACUUUGCUUGCCAUCAGUGUAGAUCGUUACUUGGCUAUUUCUGCGCCACUCAGCUACACCACGAGGCUUACACCAGGACGAGCUGCAGCAGCGAUUCUGGUUAUUUGGAUCGUUUCGCUUACAGUGGCCUUCACUCCCAUCCACAUGGGCUGGAACACAACAGAUUUCCAAGUGCAGAAAAAUGACUGGAGAAUGGGGGAUGAGGGAGACAAGGGUCGGACUUGCCGUUACGAGUGGAACAAUAAUUACGUGCUGCUCGUCGCCUUCUGCAUCUACUUCUUCCCUCUGCUGCUCAUGUGUGGGAUGUACCACCGCAUCUUCAGCAUGGCACGUGAACAGGUCCGUCGUAUUCGUGCAGCCACUCCAUCCGGCACUCGUUCAUCGACAUGUCUGAGGGGGGCCACACUAAGGGAACACAAAGCCACCGUGACUCUGGCUGUCGUGCUUGGAGUCUUCAUUGUCUGCUGGCUGCCUUACAUCGUCUUCUUCACCUGCAUGGGCUUGAGGCGUGAGACGGAGCCACCACAAGUGGCGUACUCCAUAGUGCUCUGGCUGGGUUACUUUAACUCGGCCCUUAACCCAAUCCUGUACCCGGCCCUGAACCGAGACUUCAGACAUGCCUACGGUCAUCUGCUGCACUGCAGGAACCCACACAAGAAUACUUCAAUGUCCAACAGAACCCCAGGAAAAUAAAGAAGCAUCUUUUCUAACAAGUUUCAGAGUGAAAACAAAUGCAGCAAGUCUUCCAUGGUGAGGGAUCUCCACCAGGAAGAUAUGAAUGAUGACGCAAGACCAGAACAUACCACUUAGCUUUGAUAUUCACAUUUGCUUUAAUUUUGUGCCUGAAUAAAUAACAUUGACACAAACGCAACAUGUCACGAGAAGAUAUCUGGAAUAAAAGUGUUGUCAGAGUUCUUCAUGUCUCCUUGAUUGGUGUGUAUGUAGAUGGAACUCCUUUGAUGAUUCCUUCUUAAGACUGAAGAGGAUGAAAACACGAGCAUCGACAGAGUUGCUGAGGUGACAUGGUGCUUAUUUUUAAUAAGAUAUGGCCAUGAGAUAAUGCUGAUAAGUCUGAUAUUCCACAAUAUAUGAAGUCAUGUGUCUCAAGAAGUCAUGGCCACAAGAUACCAGUGAACUCUACGUGUUAUAUGUGGCAUUUUUUCUUAAUUAAAAAUGUCAAAUAAAAUGUAAAUAAAAUAAAAUACUGUCUUGUGGCCUGAGCAUAUUAUCAUGUUGCUUCAAUUUAUUAUCUCAUGGACUCGAUGUACUACUUAUUAGCCUCAAAUUCAAAUUUGUCACUUUAUUAUGUCUUAUCUCAUGUAAUCAAUAUAUUAUCUCAUUUAAUAAAUGUAUUAUCUCAUGGUUUUUAUAUAUUACCUAGUGCCACAG